AUGUACGACGAUUCUUGGUACAGCUUCGUGCCAGAGGUGGCCAAGAAAGCUAGCACGGCUGCCCAAGGCCCAGGCCAUCGUCGCAAAGAGUCGCUGUUGCAACAGUCCAAUGGUAUACCCCAGGCUUCUAGUGCGCCAGAGGCUCUCGACGAAAUCUUCGAAGAGAUUGAAGACCGAAACACACCCCCGGAAGCCGAGGUCUUGCGCCGCGCAAAGUCCUAUUCGGACUUCUACCACGUCGUUCGAGCCCAAUUAGCUAAGGACGAGCAACACAAGAGGCGCAGGCGGAAGAAGGAAAAAACAUGGGAUGCGCUAGAUAUUGCGACAGACGUUGCCGAAUCCAAGACCGGACCUCGCCCGGUUCAUCGCCAAUACGAGGGGGAACUGCUUGAGGCUAGUCAGCAAGAAUACCUACUGUACAAGGACCAACUGACGCUCACUGAACGGCAUCUCGACAUGCUCAUCGACGAUACCAACCAAGCGCUCAAGCUAUUGACAACAUUGUCUGAAUCGUUCCAAUCCGUCGAAGCACAGACGAGUUCGUUCCAGUCGCAGUGCGAGGACCUAUUGUCGGAACAGCACAGGCUCGAGAAACUUGCAGACGAGGUCGGCACUGAUCUUCACUUCUACGCAUACCUCGAUAAUGUCUCUAGGAGACUCAAUGCUCCUGGCGCUGGACGUCUGGUUGAUGAUGAAUCUUUCGGCGAGAUCUUGAGGAACCUAGAUUCUUGUAUCGGCUUCAUGUCGAAACACACGACGUACCGUGACGCCGAGUCCUAUCUGGCUCGAUACGAGGCUUUGCUGACCAAGGCACUCCAUCUUCUCGAGGUCGGUUUCACCAAUAGACUGGAGAGCAUCUCCUCCGAGAUCGCAAGCCAGAUUGUUGGCACCAAGUCCGAGGCCACCCGUCAUGCUUUGGCAUACGGGCGUUUUGAGGAGAUGAUUCUUGAUUCUUACUCUCUAAUCCCUAAUAUCCACAAAGUGAUCAACAGCGUAUACGACGAAUACGGGCUUCCGAUCACUGGCGUUGCCAAGGACAUAUACUCGAAUACCACGAGCAAUCUCUUCAGCUCUUACCUGGCUGUUCGAGACCGCGACUUGAAGCCCAUAGUGCAGCACGACCAGGACGAGUUCAAAAAGGAGAUCAAAGAUCUUUCCGUCGAGACAGCUUCGAGGAAUUACAUCAAGCAGAGCUUCGAACGCGCAUUCAAUGAAGCCAAUCUAUUCUCCAAAAUCUUCGGUCUGGAUCUACAGUGGAGCUCCGACCCGGAGUCGGCAUAUGGGGUUCUCAAGUCUAACCAGAGGUCGCUCGUCAACCCCGCGAAUCUCGUUCAGUUGGCCGCCAAUCUCAAUGCUGCACUGCAGACUGCGGAUCUCGACACGAUCUGUAGUGUGGUCGGCUGGCUGACCAAUGAGUAUCUGGUUCUCGACUACGACGAGGAAGAAUCUCCCUUCGCGCGUCAAUGCCGUGAACUCAGUGCCAGACUCUUGACCGAACAUUUAUGGGUCUUUACAGACAACGCAUUUGAGGCGGAGAUCACAAAGACGAUCGCCAAGGCCACGGUUAAAGAUGAGUCUCUUACUAUCGGCCCAGUGGUCGGCGGCGUUUCUUCUUCAAAUGCCUUCCCCCCAGUUAAGCAAGCGCUCAAGCUUUUGGCCAAGUAUGACCAAGCCAUGCCCAAGGAACGAAGUCAAAAGAACAGCCAGGUCAUCUUCAAGAUCGUCCGGGAAACUAUUCAGAUACUACAACGCGCCGAGGCGCGGAUCAAAUCCAUCAAGGCAGGCACGGACGCCGAUCUGUUCAUGGUGAAGAACCUCCUCAUCAUCAAAAACGAGCUCGUCUCUCUAGAAAUCGGAGACAUCCGAGGCGACACGGCCGCCAUGCAACAUUUCGGUCACAUCUGGGACAACCUCAGCCCCCAGAACUGGGUGGGUUUCGUCAGCAACAUCAUUGGCGGCUCCCUUUGGUCCCGAGGAGCGACGGCAGGCGCGGCGACUGUCACCGCCAAGACGUUGACGGUCGAGGACAUGAGCGAGCAGCUGGACGAGCUGCUGAGGCAGUCUAUUGUCGCCUUCACGCAGCGCUGGGGCGGACUGACGAACGAUGCAAGGGCUAGGAAACCUGGUGUCAAGCCCAUUGGCAAGGUCGAAAAGGAGCUGGAUGAGAUGCUGUUGAGGGCUUUUAGCAAUCAGCCCGAGGUGAUUGCGAAGCUGAAGGAGGCGAUUGAGAUUAAUGCGCAGGCGCAGGAGAAGGCGCAAGAGGAAAAGAAGGGAAUUAGAAGCCUGAUCGGCGGAGAGACACCCAAUGAACGCCGAUUUUCCAUUACAGAGAACCAAUUUGUUGAAAAUGUACAGGGUAGGGAGUUACACAAAUUCCUCGCGAUACUCGUCUUCGCCGGAUGCCGUAUAGAGGCAGCCAGGAACUUCACAGACAAGCUAGCUGCUGUUCCCGAGUGGCCGCCGCCCGAGGACUGUGAGAUAUCUAGGCGCGUCUGUUCGUUACCAGCCGACCGUCAAAGCUUGACGGAGUUCUUUGACGGGGACGAGGCGACAGCCGAUAAGUUCUAUGGAUCGCAGGCCCUAUUCUGUACGGUGGUGCUUCGGCAACGAGAGGAGACUACGAUACAAGACGGUGAUACCCAGCGUCUACCGUACGUGGAAGAGGAGCUUCUGGGCUCGGGCUCAUUUGGAAGAGUGUACAAGGUGAAGAUUGCCAAGGGGCAUUUCGAAGACCGCCGCAGAAAUGACAACAGGGAACGAUGGGUGGCUCGGAAAGACUACAUUGUCAGGUCGUCUUCGGAUUCCGAUGUUGAAAGCAGGGAGGAAGGCGAGAUCAUGAAGAUGAUUCUCAGCUUGUCAAAGACGUGCGAGAACAUUAUGGAGAAUCUGGGGACGUUGAACAUCGAGUACCCAACGGGCGCCAGCCCGGCGCCGUACAGCCUCUUCAUGCCGCUCGCGGUCUGCGACCUGGGAGCGUACAUGAAAAAAGACGGUUCGAACGCUCCAAAGACAGCGAUCAACAGGGCAGGCUUCAUCCGGUCCGCAAUCGGUCUCGCCAACGGUCUCAAGUUUCUUCACGAAGAAAUGCAGACGCCCGGCCUCGACAGGAUCGUCUGUUACCACAUGGAUCUGAAACCGAGCAACGUCCUCAUUUUUCGAGAAAGCGGCAAUGGCGAUGAGACCGGGCCCCGCUAUAUCUGGAAGUUGAGUGACUUUGGCAUGUCAAGGGUCAAAAUUCGACAUCACACCAGCCGUGAGGAAGAAAAAGAUAUCGCCAAAUGGUUCACCAAACGACGCGAUAUGCAGCAGAGGACGAUGUCAGGAACACAGAAUCGACGCGGCCAGGGGACGUAUCUACCACCCGAGUCGUUCCGUGAGGGUAAAGUCAUGAAUACGAGAAGCGAUGUGUGGUCACUGGGCUGCAUUCUGAGCGUCCUCUUCGUUUAUCUCGAGGGCGGAAAGAGCGCCAUCGACAAUUACGAGACCAACCGUCUCAAAAACCGUAGAGGCAUCGAUGCAAGCUACGACGUCUUCUUCCACGUCAAAUCAUUCGGACGCACUUCUGUGCAUUCGGCUGUAAAGAAUGUUCACAAGCAACUAAUUCACAAAGCUGCCGCGAGAAGCGUGAAAGAACAUCAUGCAGUCCGGAGCAUGCUCAGUUUUCUCGGGUCCAAAGUAUUGAAGAUUAAUCAGAACAAGAGAUGCAGCGCAAAAGAGGUCGAAAAUAUGCUGCGACACACGCUCGACGCGUAUGAGGAGAUUGAUCGGCUCGAAUCUUCCUCAGAGUCUUUGAGACCGCCCAAAUCCUCUAUGGAGCAGAUUGUGCAAAGAUGGCGCAUCCCGCGAGACAAUUCUGAUGUUUUCAAGGGUUGCAAGGUGUCACCGGAUGGAAGUAUGAUCGCGUACUGGAGCGACAGCAAGAUUUCACUCUUUGCCCCAAGUUCUGCCGAGAACGCAGAUGGAGAAUUCCUAAAGGUACUCGGGGAUCACUCUUUGGAGUCUUUGGGAUCGACGAGCCGUUUUUGGAAAGCUGUUUGCUUGACUAACAGAUAUCUGAUUGCCACAACCACGGGUAACAUCUUCAACUGUUACAUAUUCGAUCUAGGGCAAGGGGCUACAGCCGACUCAAGCCCACAGAACCAUUGGCACAUUCGGCUUCCAACCGUUCCGGAAGUAUACAUCAUGGCGAUGUCAACUGAUCAACAGAACUUGGUCUUCGUAGUGGAGAACCAGGAAGACGAGAGCCUAUCGGGAUCCAUAUUCCAUGCGAGAAUCAAGGAUCUGAUAGAUAUUCGUAAUCAGGUGGCUGACCGCGAGAUCAGGAUGGGAUCUAUCUCAGAGGGAUAUGAGAUAGAACAGAGUGGCAGAAACUUUUUGGGCCGCUUCGUCGCACUCGACUGGCCUGCCGAAGACGUGAUGUCUUUAUCACUCACCAGCCAGAACCGCUGCUACGCGGCGAUUCGCCCGUACCUUAGAAACGACGACAUAUAUCACAUGCCUGUUGUUUCAUAUUCUCUGACAACACGAGAUAUAGAGGAAGUAUUCAUCGAGCCGCGGGCAACUUGUAUUAUCGUGUCCCGAGAAACCCGUCUUUUCACCGUUGAUCUGCUAGCGAACUCAUCUAACUCACCGACGAGGCGAUCCCGAUACCCCAACAACAUUGAAGGUUACCGCCUCCUCAGAGUCAUGGUCAACCAGAACAACGAUGCCAUUUUCGCACUGGGAAUCAAACGAGAUGGUGGUCGGAUUCGUCUGCUUGAGAUCAUAAUACCCGAGAUGGGACGCCCGGUGACUGUUCGCGAAUUGGCUCAGCUACCCAGUCUAUCUGAAGACGACGAGUUCACCAGCAACAUCGUUGGCGAUGAUGGCAGCAGACAUAUCCUCGUCACUGCCCUUGUGGGACCCAGUCGGCACGCCGUCUUCGAGAUUAACCUCCCUGGCAGCCACGCUACAUCCGCAGGCCCGGGGUCUUCCACCUGA